AGGUUUUUCUACAUGAGUGGAGAAGGUAGAUGUUGCAAGUAGAAGAGAUACAACAUUUUUUUAGGAUGUCUGAAGAUGAAGAAAAAGUGAAAUUACGCCGUCUUGAACCAGCUAUUCAGAAAUUUACUAAGAUAGUAAUCCCAACAGACCUGGAGAGGUUAAGAAAGCACCAGAUAAAUAUUGAGAAGCAACUCUGCUCCAAUAUCUGAGAAAUGGAGAAGCUUUGUUUGAAAGUCCAAAAGGAUGACCUUGGACUUCUGAAGAGAAUGAUAGAUCCUGUUAAAGAAGAAGCAUCAGCAGCAACAGCAGAAUUUCUUCAGCUCCAUCUGGAAUCUGUAGAAGAACUUAAGAAACAAUUUAAUGAUGAAGAAACUUUAUUACAGCCUUCUUUGACCAGAUCCAUGACUGUUGGUGGAACAUUUCACACUACUGAAGAUGAAGCUGAUCCUCAGAGUAUGACUCAGAUAUAUGUGUUGCCUGAAAUUCCUCGAGAUCAAAAUGCUGCAGAAUCAUGGGAAACCUUAGAAGUGGACUUAAUUGAACUUAGCCAACGGGUCACUGAUUUCUCUCUCCUAGUGAAUUCUCAGCAGGAGAAGAUUGACAGCGUUGAAGACCAUGUCAAUAGUGCUGCUGUGAAUGUUGAAGAGGGAACCAAAAACUUGGGGAAGGCUGCAAAAUACAAGCUGGCAGCUCUGCCUGUGGCAGGUGCACUCAUCGGAGGAGUGGUGGGGGGUCCGACUGGCCUCCUUGCAGGCUUCAAAGUGGCAGGAAUUGCAGCUGCACUUGGUGGUGGGGUGUUGGGCUUCACAGGUGGAAAAUUGUUACAAAGAAAGAAACAGAAAAUGAUGGAGAAGCUCACUUCCAGCUGUCCAAAUCUUCCCAGCCAAACUGACAAAAAAAUGCAGUUAAAAACCAAACUUCAGUAUUACUGGCGCCAACAUGUCUAUCCUUUGCUGCUGUUGGACACUCAGUCAGCUUUUGGAACAUGAUUAUAUCAAAAUAGUGGCUACAGAUGCUCAAGUGGGAUUAAACUGUGAUAAGUGGAUAUAUUUUGUUGUUUGCUGGGGUGUUAAUGGGGAUGUUAGAGAUUGAAGAGCCUGGACUGAGGGUGUACAAUAUUUGUCAGGUAAAGUUUAAGGACUGCCAGGGAACAGAUUUUUUACCUGGAAAUGUGAAAACCCAACCAUAACUUUGAUAAGAACUUGUGAUGUGUGAACAUGUUGGGUUACGGAAGGAUAGUUUUCAGAAUAGUUUCUUCCAUAACCCUGACUUGGAGACUCCAAGGCUAAGCAUAUUGUAAAUAUGCUUCUUUAUCUCCUAAAUAUAGAUUUUUUAGGCAUUUUAGCAGAGAAAAGAAUGGAAGUUCAGCUUUUCGUAUCAAAUAGGGAAAUCAGGAUCUAACAAGGUGCAUGAGUAAACUGCAUAACGGAGUCUAUUUGGUGAGCCCUAUUGCAAUUUGGUCUAACAAUAUUUUCAAGUGAAGGAAACAAAUAGUGUAAGAAAAUGGAAAGAGAGGCCCAACUUCUCUUUCAGAUAUCUUAAUUUAUGACCCUGGCUUCUUCUCUGAACUCUUUUUUCUGCCUCU